AUGCUGCGGCCGCACUUCGAAGAGCCGCUGGCCAAGGUGGCUGCCAACUUCGGCAUCUGCGUGACGCUCCUGAAGAAGAUCUGCCGGCGACACGGCAUCGCGCGCUGGCCGCACCGCCAGAUCACGGGCCUGCGCAAGAGCAUCGCGUCCAUGGAGCAUGCCAUCGGCUACUUCGACGGCGAGCGGCGCGAGUCGUACGCCGAGCAGUUGCUCAAGCAGAAGAACAAGCUGGCCGCGCUGCUGGAAGAUCCGACCACGAGCAACCCGCUGCUGGCCUCGGACGAGGACCAAGCCACAAUGGUUGCAAGGCAGACCAAGGUUCCGUCGGUGCAGCCUGAUAUCGGCUACGAGGUGCCACCUGCACAUGUGACCCGCGCGUCGUCGCCUACGGGUCCGUUGCUGGUAGAUUAUCCCUACUACGGUGCAUCGUCCGCGGCGGUCCCAGUGCAGUCUUCGCCGAUGUGGCUCCCGGCCGAACCGAGCUACACCCAGAAGUACCACCAGCUCUACCCGCCGCCGAAGCUCCAGCAGUCUCGACCGGAGAUCUACUCUACUACAAGCUACAACGUGCCCGGUGCAGUCCCUUCAAGCAGCGGUGCUUCAUCGCCGCCGAUUUAUCUGCCUCCGCUGCGGCGGGAGACGCGGUCGUUGUUGCCGCCUAUUUCGUCAUUGGUGGUUAGCGGCAGCAACGGAAUUAACCCCUACAAACCGGGAAAAAAAAGUCAUUCUUAUACUGCAUAUGCAGUUUAA